CAAUCUUCAGGAUAGUGCCAUGCUCAAUCAUGUUGAAGGCCUUUUGAAAGUCUAAUUUAAGAACUAUGAUUUCCUGUUUUAUUUGUUGACAUUGGUGCAAGUAUUCAAAAGUCCAUGCUAGAUAGUCUUGUUUUGCAAAACGGUGUUGUAAAUCGUAACAUAGUAAGCAUUCAGCGCGGGAUUUACCAUAAUUCGAAAAGAAACAAAAAGCGCGGGCUUCCAUGGAAGGAAAUAAAACCCCCCCGACAUUUGUGGGAAGGCAAGAAGAGAAGGCUGUGCACGGUGAAAUAAUAGAAAGAUAUCACGACUGCAUUCAUGCUCGCGCGCGUACUUAUAGAAAUUCCUGAUUUGGGAUCAAUUACUUCCCAAAAUCAGGCUAACCAUCCUGCCACAUUCCAAACACGCCGAUCUCCCUCUCGAAUUUAACUCGAUUCCUCGCACGCCGCCAUUUAUUCCAUACUAUAUCACCAUUCACUUGUCUCUUCUAUAUCAUCUCUUUGAAACAAAAACAAGAUCAGUCGCCAUGACGAAGCUUGGGGUAAGUACCCCACUGGCUACACUGGUCUUAGCCAUUGGAGCUGUGGCGCUAGCUCUCACGGCUACCGCGCCUCGAGGCUGCGACGCUGCAGGGGGCGUGGUGAGGAGCAUCUUCGUGAACAAUAAGCAGCCUGCCGAUUUCAAGUCCGUCCAAGCCGCCAUCGACUCCAUCCCUUUGGGCAACAACCAGUGGAUCCGAAUCCAUGUCGCCGCCGGCGUUUACUUCGAGAAGGUGUUGGUGCCCUUGAACAAGAGCUUCAUCCUGCUGGAGGGCGAGGGGAAGGACCAGACGUUCAUCGAAUGGGCCGACCAUGCCGGCGGGGACACCGUCACGGCCAGCUCCCCGACCUUCACCUCCUAUCCCACCGACUUCAUGGCCCGCGACAUCAGCUUCAAGAACACGUACGACGGGGUGAGCAACAUGGCGCCUGCGGUGGCGGCGUUGGUGGCCGGAGACCGGUCGUCGUUCUACCGGUGCGGCUUCAUCAGCGUCCAGGACACGCUGAGCGACCUGUUCGGGAGGCACUACUACGAGAACUGCUACAUCGAAGGCUCCACGGACUUCAUCUUCGGCAACGGCCAAACCAUCUUCCAGGGUUGCGAGGUGUCGACGGGGAGGUCGACGGUGACGCCGGGCUUCAUCACGGCCCACGGGCGGAACAGUGCACAAGACGGCACCGGGUUCGUGUUUAACGGGGGCAAGGUGAGCGGUGUCACGCCGGCGUACCUCGGCCGCGCUUGGCGUGCGUAUGCUAGGGUCAUCUUCUACCAGACGGACAUGUCCGACAUCGUGGUCAGCCAGGGCUGGGACGCCUGGAACUACAAGGGCCAAGAGGGCUCGCUGACGAUGGUGGAAUCUGGAUGCACGGGGAAGGGGUCCAACACAACAGGGCGGGUGCCAUGGGAAAAGACGCUCAGCUCCCAGGAAAUCGCCAACUUCGUCAAUGUGUCAUACGUCUCCGCCGAUGGCUGGCUCGCCGCGCAGCCAAGAUAGUCUGUCAGGAUUGUUUGGACAGGAAGAUGCUGAAAUUGCACGACCCCAGGCGAUAAGCACACGUGUGCUACAGUUGGAGUGAAUUUUCUUAUAUAUGUUCUUAUAUAAUUGAGAUAUUAGGAAUACCUACGCAAAUGAAUAGCACCAUUCCUUUGACCCAAAGACUAUUCGCACGAAAAGAAAGCCUCAAGAUUGAGAUCAUACAAAAUCCUAUGAAACUCGUC